UUUCAGUGUGUAUCGAGAUCCCAACGCAGGUUGGACUUAUUGAUGGAGUGUCGUGAAAUGUGAUUAUUUUUGUUUUCUUCCCUUCCCUCGCUACUGCUGUUGCUGCUGUUCAGAAAACCGUAUUAUUGUGGAAGUGUGAUGUGUGUGUGCCAAUGAGCGGGACACUGUAUGUGUGCACUGUGUCUGUGUGGAUCGCUGGACUGUAGAAUACUGUAUCUAAUUCAGGUGGUAUUACGGAAAUUUCCCCUCGCGGCGACGGAAGUCAGCAGCGAACGGAUCGCAACAACAAUAAUGGAUACUUAUGUGAAGAAUUUGCUAAACAGUUGGAAUAUGCCCGAGCUCAUCAAAGUGUUUCAAGAGGAGGAUAUCGAUGAGGGCGCGUUCAAAUGCCUGAAGUACGACAUGAUUAAGGAGAUUAUCCCGAAAGUGGGCAAACGGGCUAAGUUUGUUCAGAAGUAUGAGGAAUACAAAGAGAAUCUAACGGAACGGCCAGCAUUUGGCGAGCUGCAACUGGAAGAAAAGGAUGGAAACCCACCACCGAUGCAGAAAACGCCAAAAAUGAACUGGGGCCGGAUAGAGCGCGUGUGCGGCUUGGUGCCGAUAUACCUCAAGAAUCUGCUGAAGAUGUGUGGCUACGAACAGGAGAGCAGUCUGCGGAACCUCAACGACGAUGAUUUCGUGGAUAUGGAACGCUUCGCUCGGGAAGAGCUUAUACAUCUCGUUCCGCCGACCCAAUUCUAUUUCCACAUUUUUUGCAACGAUCCGGCGCGGGAAUUCCGGCUUGUACCUGGUCAUCGCAAGCUGCUGUUGCAAAUGAGUGCCUACUUGAACUACACCAAUGCCGCCAACGAGCUGCAAAGGACGGAUCCGGUGCAAACUAAUCGUAUCGAGCGUUCGCCUCCGGCAAGAGUAGUAGAGAACAGCAGUAGGAUCGAAAGAACGGAACGCAUAGCCGAUAUGAGUCUGGUGAGGGAGCUGAGGGAACAACGAGCCUUAAUGCAGCAGCUUCAGCUGCAGCAACACCAGCAGCAGCAGGAACUGGUGAAUCAAUCGCCGGAGAUGCUUCCCGAUCACAUACCGGAUGUUAAGACGAUCUCCACCAAAAAUCCUCCGUUCGCGUUCGAACAGGCCACCGUUUACCCGCCACUCAGCGAUGAGUCACGAAUUAAGAAAAUUCAAAGCAUAAUCAUUAAAUUGAUCGAAAUGUGGAGUGACAAACAACCGAUCAAACUCCAGCUGACUGAAGAGAUGAUCAACGUGACGUACGAACUGAACGGUUACAAUGCCUUCAUCAAGUGUCCUAUGUGUGCGGUACAGAUCAAAGUGUCCAAGCUACCCACCAAGAAGGGGGACCGUUUUGUGAUCUCAAACUUCUCCAAACAUGUUAUCAAGAUGCACUUCUCACAGCAACAGCAACAACAGCUCUCGCAAUCGCAACAGCAGCACCUGAAUGACACCUCUCGAUCGAGCUUAGAUAAUUCGGCUUUCUUCGGUGGAGAAAACUCCGACAGUAACAACUAUCCGUUUGACGAAUUUUCUAUCAAGCGACAGAGGAUGGAGGACGAAGAUGAGGAAGAGCAUGACGUUCUGCCGCAGAUGCUGCAUCCCUAUGUUAGUAUCAAGGAUGAGGUUAUAGAGUUGGAUGCGUAGUUUUGUCUGACCAUCAUACCUUGGUGUACCGGAAAUAGCUAAUUUAGAGAGAGAGAGAGAGAGAGAGAGAGAGAGAGACAGAGGGGGUCACUAGCACUCACUAGGUUUAGCUGUAGUAUUUAAUUGAAUUUACAGAGAGGAGGAUAUGUUAUAAUGUAAACAUAUUACAAACGUUUUGCGUUACUGAAUGUUUCGAGUAACUCACGGCGAGAAUCUAAAAGACUACACUUUUUUGUUAGGACGUUUAGCUUAGGACAUGCACUGUAAAUAGUCUGAUAGGAUCAUAGUGAUAAGCACAAUCAAUUCCAUUUUAUCAUCUUCCAAGUCCAAUAAACUAUG